AUGGUCUCGAGACAAUUCAAAUAUACAAACAAAAUGUCUAUUAAGAGUUCAUGUGAUAUUUAUGAUUAUCAAAGCAGUGAAGAAGAAGAGGACAAUCAAGAAGUGAUGCACUUCGGAGAGGAAUCAUGUGAUGAUGAUUUAUGCAGUAUUGAUUCUACGAGUAGCUACAAUCCAGAAGAAGAUGAGGAAGAGGAAUUUGACGAAUAUGACUAUUCAGAUGAUGAAGAUGAAUCAUCGGAAAGAAACACCUCAAGGGAGGAAAAGGAACCAAUAAUCAUUUAUAUGGAACCAAUUCCUUGCGUUGCAACUGUUCCAGUGUGGCCAGCUCAGAAUUGGGGAGGAUAUUAUCACAAUGGAUCACCUCAUUGUUGGCCACCAGCAAUAACGUUUCAAUGGUGGCCACAACAGUUGCCAUUAAUUUCUUACAAGAUUGCAAAA